AGAUUCAUCUUUGUUUUAAUCCGAUCGAGACAUUCGAAAUGGGUAGAAUAAAAAUAAACGUAAUUUUAUUAAUAAUCCUCAAACUAUUCUUGGUGGGCACAACAACAGGAGAAGAGACAUGCGAGAACGACCGAGAAAUGGACAAACUGUGCGGGGGUCAUACCUAUAAAAGUGUGAAGCCUUUGCUAGAAUACUUUAAGCAAGUUCGUAAUGAGUUAGACCAAAGUGAAAUUAAGGAAAUGUAUAUAAGUGAAAUAAAUGCUGAUCUUAUGAUCAAGUAUCAUGAAAUUGUAGCAAUUCAUGAAAAGCUCAUGAAGGAGGCAUUUCAAUUAGAUGAGUAUAAAAACCAAAUAAUAAGAAAAGAAAACGAUUUGCAAUUGUGUCAAAGUAAAGUUGAUAAAUUAGAAUCUGAGAUUAAUUCACAACAAACAACUAUAAACCAAUUAACACUACAUUUAUCAGAUAAAUCCAACAAUUUGGAAAUAUGUGAGGUUCAAUUAAAAAAACUGAAUUCUAGUCUUAUUGAAAAAGAUGAGAAAAUUCAAAACAUCACAGAACAUCAGAAAACAAUUAGUUUGAAAUUAGAAGAAAGGCAAACCAUGUUAUUUAAAAAAGAUAAAGACAUUAGAAUAUGCCAAGCAGAAAAUAUUAAAUUAAAUAGGUCAUAUCUUACUAAAAUGAAUUCUUCAAGUUGUCUCCCUUUCGAAGAAUAUCCUGGUGUGCAUGAAAUUAAAGUUUCUGGUGUUGGUUCCUUUGAUGUUCUAUGCGAUAGUCAGGUAGCUGGGCUUGGUUGGAUAGUAAUACAGCAGCGAAUUGGUGGAGAAGAGAACUUUGCCAGGGAUUGGGCCACUUAUAGAAAAGGUUUCGGUUCAUUGGAUAGUGACUUUUUCCUAGGAUUGGAAAAGAUCUAUCGACUAACGAGUCAGCAGCAAUACGAACUCUACAUACAUUUGGUUGCCGAAGAUGGCAACAGCUUCUACGCUCAAUAUGAUGAUUUCAAAAUAUCUGAUGAAGACCAUGGAUACUCACUAAGUUUGGGUAAAUUCAAGGGAAAUAUUAAGGAUGCGAUGACAUACAGCGAAAACAUGAAAUUCACAACAUUCGAUCGGGAUAAUGACCUUGAUGAUGAUAAUUGUGCAGUUUUGUAUAAAAGUGGCUGGUGGUACAACAAAUGUUUUGCUUGUAACUUAAAUGGAUUAUACGGCGUGUCUCUAAAAUGGUGGACUGAAACAGCAAAUUUUCUCAAAGAAGCUAAGAUGCUUAUUCGUCCCAAAGAAGAAUAAAAUAAGUGAACAACUGAAAAUUCGAAACCAGAAUCCUUUUUUUACGAUUUAAAUCGUAUUAAAUACAUUUGAUAAACCGGUUUACAUUACAUAAUACUAACGAAAGUGGUGAGAUUAUAUUGUUGUUAUGUGUGACAUUUCGAAACAAAUUAAUUUUUAGUUAAAUAAGCUUUACAUCUUCAGAUACUCUCCUACUCUUUACUUUCAGCAGAGCUGCUAAAGCUGCAGUUUACUAAUUUAAUGUCAUUAUUAUUUUGAUUCUUGUUCUCGCUUUACAAGUUAACUUUAAAAAAGAGUAAAUCACUUUUAUUUCCCAAUUUUUUAUUUACUAAAGUCGAAGAUAAUAAUGUUUUAUAAUUAUUCUGUUUCAUAUAAUUCUUCAAAAUGUACCAAAAGUAUAAAUCUUAAGUUGGCUAUAAAAGUGC